GUCCAGGAGCUGGUUCUGGACAACUGUCGCUCCGGUGAGGGGAAGAUCGAAGGAAUCACGGAGGAGUUCUCCAACCUGGAGCUGCUAAGCCUCAUCAACGUCGGUCUGACCAGCGUGGCAGACCUCCCCAAACUGCCCAAACUCAAAAGGUUGGAGCUGAGUGACAACAGGAUAUCAGGAGGUCUGGAGGUCCUGGCAGAGCGGCUGGUCAACCUGACACACCUGAACCUGAGCGGCAACAAGUUCAAAGACCUCAGCACGCUGGAGCCGCUGGUAGGUGGAGCUUAGGAGAGCCAAGAUCUGAUUGGUGUGUUCAGCUAACGGCUAGUUGGAGCAAAGCUAAGGGCUAGUCAGAGGACAGCUAACGGCUAGUCAGAGGAGAGCUAACGGCUAGUCAGAGGACAGCUGACGGCUAGUCAGAGGACAGCUGACGGCUAGUCAGAGGACAGCUGACGGCUAGUCAAGAGGAGAGCUGACGGCUAGACAAGAGGAGAGCUGACGGCUAGUCAAGAGGAGAGCUAACGGCUAGACAAGAGGACAGCUAACGGCUAGUCAGAGGACAGCUAACGGCUAGUCGGAGGACAGCUAAGGGCUAGUCGGAGGACAGCUAAGGGCUAGUCGGAGGACAGCUAAGGGCUAG